AGUCAGCCACAUUCCGCCUUUACUUGUGGCGUUGAGGAGGAGCUCAGUUGUUUAUUCAUUCACGUCAGCCCCUCUCGCCUUCCCUUCCCUCCUUCCUGCUACACACAACGGGGACCCACCGUUGUAACUGUUUUUCCCAUAUUGAAAUUAACCACAAUCACGUCGCCACCAUAAACCGAUUUUGGAAUCAGGAGGAGGCGAGCCGGCGCCUGGGUAGAUGUGAGCCCAAGGUAAUGGCCAGGCUGGUGGACAUAGGCACACAGACAGAUCCAGUAGUUGUGCUGUCCCUGGCCCAGGCUGCCGUGCUAGGUCUUAUCUCCCAGAAUGAAGUGUUUGGCGCGACCAUUGCACCCAACGGCUUCUACACCGGCGAACCCAAAGAGUCCCCCGCACCACCAGUAGAGGGAGUCGACUACGAGUACGCAGACCAGCUUAUCGGAGCCAACGGAGAUUAUCUAGGAGACAAUUUGGGAGAAGACGGACAGAUGCAACCCAGCUGCAGUCAGAGGAGGUGGCAGCAGGGGCCCCCUCAACAUCCGGACGUGAAAAUGGUUGGCCCCGAUCGUCACACCCUUCAAGGCGGGUGACGUGUCCUCGGCCCAUGUGAAAGGGGAAGUGGUGAACUCUGGAAUGCCUUCCUGUGUCCACAUGCUGAACAAUAUGGCUCCCAGAGGUGGUUUAGUACAAGUGGAUCCGGCCACGCUCAGAGGCACCAACAAGAACUGUGUAGAGUGUGAGCGGGAUGUAGUAUCCAACCAGCCACAAGCCAACACACACGUUCACCCUCCUCCCCCCCAGGUGGGCCACAGGGGAGGGGAACAGGGCCACAGAGGACUACAGGGCCAGCGCCCUAUGGUGGGCCACGGUCGCGGUGGCAGAGAGGACGAAGAAGAGGUAGAACACCAGGGGAACAACAUGAUGAAGCCCACUCAGCAGGAGGAAGCCAUCAGCAGCUACUUCCAGACCAGUGAAGUGGGCAGCUAUGAUUCGGCGGAAAUGGGCAUGGCUAGCGAGUACGAAGAUAGCAGCCAGAAUAUGAUGUGGACAGAUGGGAAUGCCGGACCUCAGCACCAGCAGCCUCCAAACCCCCAGCCUCCUCGUCGACACGGAGGCCGCAGAGUUGACCGACUAGAUAUCAACAUCCAGAUCGAUGAAUCUUACUGCGUAGAUGUGGGAGAUGGUCUGAAGCGCUGGAAGUGCCGCAUGUGUGAUAAAUCGUACACCUCGAAGUACAACCUGGUCACACACAUCCUGGGCCACAAUGGCAUAAAACCACACGCCUGUCCACAUUGCGGGAAGCUCUUCAAGCAGCCAAGUCAUCUUCAAACCCACCUACUGACCCACCAAGGGACGCGGCCCCACAAGUGCACCGUCUGCAAGAAAGGCUUCACCCAAACCAGUCACCUGAAGCGACACAUGCUGCAACAUACCGAUGUGAAGCCCUACAGCUGCCGCUUCUGCCGCCGCGGCUUCGCCUAUCCCAGCGAGCUGCGAGCCCACGAGGUGAAGCACGAGCGCGGACGUUGCCAUGUGUGCUCGCAGUGCGGCAUGGAGUUCCCCACCUACGCGCACCUCAAACGUCACCAGACCAGCCACCAGGGCCCCCACACCUUCCAGUGCACCGAGUGCAACAAGUCGUUCGCCUACCGUAGCCAGCUCCAGAACCACCUGCUGAAGCACCAGAGCCCGAGGCCUUACACCUGCUCCCAGUGCGGCCUGGAGUUUGUGCAGCUCCACCACCUACGUCAGCACUCGCUCACUCAUAAGGGGAUGAAAGGCCACAAGUGUGACGUGUGUUCCCGGGAGUUCACGCUGUCGGCCAACCUGAAGAGGCACAUGCUCAUCCACAACAGCGUCCGACCCUUCCAGUGUCACGUCUGCUUCAAGAGCUUCAUCCAGAAACAGACCCUCAAGACCCACAUGAUCGUCCACCUGCCCGUGAAGCCGUUCAAAUGCAAGGUAUGCGGCAAGUCUUUCAACAGAAUGUACAACCUGUUGGGCCACAUGCACCUCCAUGCUGGCAGUAAGCCCUUUAAGUGUCCUUACUGCACCAGCAAGUUCAACCUGAAGGGAAACCUCAGCAGGCACAUGAAGGUCAAGCACGGGAUGGAUGUCUCACCAGAAGGACAAGAUGUUAUUCCAGAAAUGGGUAACCAGGGGGAGUAUGAAGGACAAAGCUUCAGCUUUACAUCACCGGACAAUAUGGACAAUGGUGGCUCCCAAAACCUCACGAAACUCACGACCGCAAACAUGGACGACAUGGAGGAGUAUUACAAUUUUGGGAAGGAUACAAGCAGCUACGCGACACCUUGAGCGGUGAUGAACCGGAGAACAUGUUUUUUUUUUUUUUUUUUAAAGACAGAAGGAAAUUACAGAGUUUGGGAGACACUGGGGACACGUUUGUGUUUUUUUAGUUUUGGCCUCCUUCCAGAAGAGCCAGAACUGAAGGACUCUGACGGGAGGCCAGGAAGGAGACGCACGUCAAAGCAGACGUUGUAGCUCCGCCCCUGAGAGCGGAGACACUGAAACUGUUGACGCUGGAGCUCCUGGUUUCUUUUUUUUUUUUUUUUUGGGAUUACUACGCUUACCGACUCAAAGACUUUCACUGGCGGACAGUCAAAUGUGUAUGUUGUGUGUAUGUAUCAGUUAUUUGAAAAAGAAAACAAAAGAAAAAGAGUUGCAGAGCCAUCAGUUACAUUUAAUGUGAUAGAAAUUUGUUUACCAUUUUGCCAUUUUUGUCUUUCACAACCAAUGUAUGCCCUUAUAUUUUUUUGACUGAAAGUGCCAGCUAGAUACAUUUGCAACUAAGCUUUCACCGUGUCAGCUAUUUACUCACUGUAUAUCGAACUUUUGAUACAUAGUCACAACAUAUUCAUAGGUUUGAAUGCUCUUACUAAACGGUUCCUAAUUGUAGUCACCAGUUCCUGCCCCGGCCCUCCAGUUUUAAAAAUGGGCCGCUCUUUCAAUGCGUGUGUGCUGUGUGCACGGGACAUAGCCUUUCUAUCGGGGGGGCACUUACUACCAAAGUCGCUAACUGUCCCAAGUCGGCCGAUACCAGAAAAACAAUGUGAGCGACAUGUAAAGCCCCCGUCACUGUACAAAUGAUUCUGCAACAUGCAGUGUGUUUACCCACUGUUUCUGUCUCACAUGGUUUAGCUUAACGUUAAUAAUCUAGCCCGUGUAGUGAAUAUACCGCUCAAAGUUUUUGAAUUACAGAGUGAACAAUACAAAGCACUUUUUCAUUGAGACCUGUCUUUAAUAAGAGUGAACUCAUUUGCCUCCAAGGAGAAGAGCUGGGGGGAACCAAGAUGGGAGAAGCUUUGGGUUUUUUGUUGUGUGUAGUUUCUCUUAAAUCCACACAACUCACUCCACGUUCUGAACUCAGAAAUCUCAUUUGGAGAGAAAACAAAACAAAACUGAAAGUGGAAAUCCGAUCAGAUUGAACAAAAAAAAAAAGAAAAUCUAUUCCUGGGAGGUCUUGGUUACAUUUUGUAUGAUUGAAUUGAAAGUGGACUGACACUGUCCUGCUAUUCAUAAUUCUGUUUUGGGGAAGACCGUCAGCUCCCCCCUGUCCUGCCAUGCAGGUCAGCCUCGAUAUGCACACUAAACCAGAGGAACGCUCGACUAGUUCUUCUUUGAGAUGAGGAAUAUCAAACUGAGACCUCAUGGAAAUUGACCAUGAAUUAUUUAAUAAAGGUUCUCUAGUUUAAA